AAACGCACCACUAUUGUUUUCCUUAUAUUCGCAAUAGUCUCUUCGAAACAAGUUUCUCAAACAUAUAUCUUGAAAAUUGACUCAGCAUCUACAGGUUCAAUCAUGCCACUACCAUGCAACAUGCACUUGUAUCUUUGUCUGAUGUUAUUAUAUAUCCAUUCAGUAGUGGUCUUUGCAGCAAAAUCUGAUGUAGCAAGACACCAAUCACAAGGCUGGUUAAACCAUGGUGGAGAUUUGUUCAACCGAAGACAUGCUUCCAAGGAGCGUAAGAUCAGUCCCAAAACUGCCCCAGACCUACGUAUGAAGUGGAAAUUCUAUGCUGGCAGAGACAUCACUGCAACACCAGCCAUAUAUGAUGGUACCCUUUAUUUUCCAAGCUGGAAUGGUAACAUCUAUGCAGUUAAAGAAGCUGAUGGAUCGCUUGUUUGGAAGCAGAACUUGGACAAAUUGACAGGUCUGAAAGCACCCGAAGGCCUUGUUAAUAACGUAAAUUGGACAGUGUCACGCUCAACUCCUACAGUGGCCGGUGAUUUAAUGAUUUUUGGAAUGUAUGGUCCUGCUGCUGUUAUUGCUGUCAAAAGAGCAACAGGUAAGCUUGUGUGGAAGACCAUUUUGGAUUACCAUCCUAAAGCACUCGUCACCAUGUCAGGAACAUAUUACAAAAGAGGUUACUACGUUGGAUCAUCUUCCUUGGAGUCACUUGUAACCCUUGAUGAGUGCUGCACGUUUCGUGGAAGUUUUGUAAAACUUGAUUCUGAAUCCGGUGACAUCUUGUGGAGGACCUAUACGAUACCAGAUAACAAUAACAGAAAAGGAGGAUAUGCAGGAGCUGCCGUUUGGGGAAGUAGUCCUUCCAUUGAUGAGAAAAGAAACCAUGUCUAUAUUGGCACAGGGAGCCUAUAUGCUGCCCCAUUACGGAUACGCCAGUGUCGAGAGAGACAAAUUAAUCGAACUCAGCCUACUCAACCAGAUGAGUGUGUUGAGCCAGACAACCACUCGGACUCAAUCUUAGCCCUUGAUUUGGAUGAUGGGAAGAUCAAAUGGUACCAGCAGUGUGGAGGCUACGAUGUGUCAAUCUUAGUAUGCAGCGCUUCUCCCACACCUGGUCCUGAUUGUCCUCCUCAAGCAGACGAACCAGAUGUUGAUUUUGGUGAGGCACCUGUGAUGUUGACCGUAUAUAUAAACCGGAUCGAGAGAGAUAUUGUUGUUGCAGUCCAGAAAAGUGGCAUAGCAUGGGCUUUUGAUCGCAAUGAUGGUCACCUCGUUUGGCUUACGGAAGCUGGGCCAUAUGGGUUGGCAGGAGGUGGAUCAUGGGGUGCAGCAACUGAUGAAAAGAGGGUUUACACGAACAUUGUGAAUUCUGAUGCCCAAAAUUUCACGCUCAGACCCUCAAAUAAGAUUACAACUGCGGGUGGGUGGGUGGCAAUGGAGGCUAACAAUGGUAGAGUUCUGUGGUCAACAGCAAACCCAGCUAACAGCACUGCUUAUGGCCCUGUCAGUGUUGCAAACGGUGUUGUCUUUGCUGGAUCCGCUGAUAGAAUGGGAUACAUAUAUGCAAUUGAUGGAAAGAGUGGGAAAAUUUUAUGGUGGUAUAAAACUGGAGCUAGUGUCUAUGGAGGCAUGUCAAUCAACAAAGGUUGCAUCUAUGUCGGCCAUGGAUACAAUGCUGCUUAUGGGUAUACCUUGAACUUAACAGAGGGAAAGUUUCUGUUUGCUUUCUGUGUCUAAGAAGUUGCAUCGUUGUAUUACUUUUAUUUUAAGGAAUAAUUCAGUUCUUUAGCUUUU